GAUGAACAGAAACGCAUUUUGAAGUGUACAACAUUGACUGCAUGCGAAUACUCUAUAUUUAUCAGAAGUAUGGAGUCCGAAGAUUUUAAACCCUCAAAGCUGGGAACAAAGGAAUAGUGAGUGUGCUAGCCAAAUUCUACUUUGAUAACAAGUUCGAUCUGGACUACUCAAGCAGAAUAGCUGGUUGUGUAGCGUAGCCUAUACUGAAAAUAAUGCUGUGCUUGAAGAAAACAGAUGGAAAAAAAACAUUUAUCCAAUGUGGUGUCGCGUCCCGUUUUAUUCCAGCUGGGAUGAUGCAUAUGAAAGAGAGUUGCAGACGUUCAAAGACAUUGGAGACGUGGGUUUGGUGAAGAAAGCAUGACCCGUGUUCUUCGGUGGAUAGACAGGGAAAAUAUACCAGAAAAUGCGGCCAUUCUUGAUAUUGGCACAGGGAAUGGUAUCCUUUUAGUUGAAUUGGCAAAACAGGGAUUCACAAAUCUCACCGGAAUCGAUUAUUCCACAGCUUCAGUAGAACUUGCCAAGCGAGUACUGCAGACUCAAGAUAUCAAUAAUGUGACCAUUAAGGAGGUGGAUUUCUUAAGCUGCUCAGGGGAGCUGAGUGGUUUCGACCUAUGCAUCGAUAAAGGCACUUUUGAUGCCAUCAGUCUGAACCCACAGGACACAGAGGAGGGCAAAGCGGGCUACAUCCAGGCCCUGAGAGAAGCACUGAAGAACCAGGGGCUUUUCUCCAUCACUUCCUGUAACUGGACAAAGGAGCAGCUUCUACAAAUGUUCAGUGAAGGGUUUGAGUUUGUUCAGGAACUACCCACACCCAGCUACCAGUUUGGUGGUAGAACAGGCAACAAUGUGACAGCGGUCAUCUUCAAACGACUACACUGACGCAAACCUACAGAUACUUUUGUAGUAAAUUAAUUUUCCAUUGUUUCUUCGGUAGAGUCAUGAAUGUUUAUGAAAUAUUCUAAUAAUUGUCAAAAUAGUAGUAUUUUUUUUUUUUUUACAUUUUCCAGAAUUCUCCAUUGACUGUGUUUUUAUGAUGAGAUCCUUGAAUUCCUUAUUAUGCAAAUACAUUUCUCUGGACUUGCCAACACACAACUUAAAGGGUUUUAAAGAUCGAGUAUACUGCCA